AUGGCUUCUCCGGCCAACGUUCUCAGAUGGUCCCCAAGUCCAAGUCCAUCUCGUCCACAAAACUAUUCCGGCGGCUCCCCCUUUCCAUUCAGCGGCACGUUUUCUUCGCCUGUCCCUCUGCUCAAUCGCCGCCGGGGUGAAACAUCCGGCGAGAGUGGCACGCCUUUGUCGCCGGAAGCGGACGCCGUGUUCCUUACAUGGGAGAAGUUAUGGGUUUUCGUUUCGGGUCAUAAAGGAGAGCGCGUGCCGGUGCUUUCGGGCCUUACCGGGCUGGCCCAGCCAGGAGAGGUGCUUGCAAUUAUGGGCCCAUCGGGAUGCGGCAAGUCAACGCUUCUGGACUCGCUUGCUGGAAGAUUGGCACCGAAUCUUAGCCAGAGUGGAGAUAUCCUCAUCAAUGGCAGCAAGCAAGUCCUCGCCUACGGCAUCUCAGCUUAUGUGACCCAAGAUGACGUCUUAAUGACGAGCUUAACAGUAAGAGAAGCCAUACAGUACGCCGCCGAGCUACAACUCCCUUCUUCACUGAGCCGCUCAGCUAAGCGCGAGCGAGCGGAGGAGGCGAUCAGGGAGAUGGGGCUGUCGGCGGUCGCCGACGUACGGAUUGGCGGCCGAGUCACGAAAGGGAUAAGUGGGGGGCAGAGGAGAAGAGUAAGUAUAUGCAUGGAGAUUAUAAAGCGGCCGAAGCUUUUAUUUCUCGACGAGCCGACGAGUGGGCUCGAUAGUGCCGCCUCCUUCCACGUCAUCAACCGGAUCGCAAAGAUGGCCGCGAGUGGGGACCACAUGACCGUCGUAGCCGCCGUGCACCAGCCUGGGCCGGAGGUCUUUGACUUGUUAAGAUCAGUUUGUAUUCUGGCUAAUGGGCGGACCGUCUUCUUUGGCCCGCCCGAUGUCGCACCAGAAUUCUUCGCUUCGAAUGGCUUCCCCAUUCCAUCCCUUAAAAAUCCCUCAGACCACUACCUAAAAACUAUCAACAAGGAUUUUGACCGGGACAUUGAAGAAGGACCUGAAGCUGAGCUCACUACCACAGAAGAAGCCAUUGAGAUCCUCGUCCAGUCGUAUAGCUCAUCCAUGGUUUCAAAACAAGCAAUAACACAGAUUGCUAAGAUUCGUGAAAUGGGAGGAAAAGCUGUGAGAAAGAGGAGGCAGGCUAGCUUCCUGAAGCAGUGCUCAGUCCUUACAAGAAGAUCAUUUGUUAAUAUGUACAGAGAUUUGGGUUAUUAUUGGCUGCGAUUUGCUAUCUAUGUUGCUCUUUGUUUGUGUGUUGGCACAAUUUAUUAUCACGUGGGCCAUAGUUUCGGUUCUAUUCAGGCUAGAGGCUCUAUGCUUAUGUUUAUAGCUGCAUUCCUUACAUUCAUGGCAAUUGGUGGCUUCCCAUCCUUUGUAGAGGACAUGAAGAUCUUCAAAAGAGAGAGAUUAAAUGGACAUUACGGUGUUACUUCCUUCACAAUAGCCAACACAGUCUCUGCAACUCCUUACCUAGCUUUAAUCUCAGUCAUCCCAGGAGCCAUAGCCUACUACUUAGUAGGACUACAACAUAGAUUUGAUCAUUUUAUCUUUGUGCUUGUGUUAUUUUCAUGCAUGAUGCUUGUCGAAGGUCUGAUGAUGAUAGUUGCUAGCAUUGUUCCUGAUUUUUUGAUGGGUAUCAUCACCGGUGCUGGGAUUCAAGGGGUGAUGAUCCUUAAUGGAGGUUUUUUUAGAUUACCAAAUGAUUUGCCGAAACCGCUGUGGCGUUAUCCAAUGUAUUAUAUUGCUUUUCACAAAUACGCAAAUCAAGGAUUCUAUAAAAACGAGUUUAUAGGUUUAACAUUUCCUAAAAAUCAGGCAGGGGGGCCUUCUACAAUCAAUGGAGAGGAAAUAUUAAGGGACACAUGGCAAGUGGAAGUAGGAUACUCAAAGUGGGUUGAUUUGGGAAUUUUGCUUGGGAUGGUGCUCUUGUAUAGAUUUCUCUUCUUGGUGAUUUUGGAGAUGCGGGAGAAGGCAAGUCCUAUGCUAAAGAGGUUGAUGACACCGAACGCCAUCCGGAAACCAACCAGAAUGCAUCGCAACAUCCCUGUGCUCGGUACCGCGGUGCAGUACUGCUCAGUACUGCGGUGCGGUACUGCUCGGUACCACGGUGCAGUACUGCUCGGCACCAGUUGGUACCACGGCUCGGGAGCAAAUAGGGAAAUAACAGUAACUCAUGAUGCAAAACAAGCUGCAAUAUUCUCCCAAAGCAUCAGUGCUACCAUCUACAUUAGACGCCAAUCACGCUAA